AUCGAAAUUAAUUCGAAACUGUUGAAGAGUAUAUAGCAAAGUAAUAAAUCAAGGAGAAAAUGGGUGGCAGUGAAGCUGGAGAUGAUUCAAAAGAUUCAAAGCCAAAGGGGAACAGAGGAAUUUCUUUUCUUGAUUUUAUUAUGAGAAUUGUUGCCAUUUUAGGUACCUUAGGAAGUGCAAUUGCCAUGGGAACAACUAAUGAGACCCUUCCCUCCUUCGAACAGUUCAUUAGGUUUAAGGCUGAGUACAAGGACCUUCCUACUUUCACGUUCUUUGUGGUAGCUAAUGGCAUAGUUAGCGCGUACCUCGCUGUAUCUCUUGUCCUAUCCAUCUUGCACAUUGUGAUGAGUGGUGCAAGAAUAACAAGGGUGGUGUUGAUCUUCUUUGAUACGGUGAUGAUGGCAUUUUUAACAUCUGGAGCAUCAGCAGCAGCAGCCAUUGUGUAUUUGGCACACAAGGGAAAUGCUCGUGCUAAUUGGAUUGCUAUUUGCCAGCAGUACAACUCUUUCUGCGAUCGUGCAUCUGGCUCUUUGGUUGGAUCCUUCAUUGGAGUUCUUGUGUUUUUGCUGCUCAUCAUAUUGUCUGCUCUGGCCCUUUCAAGAAACUGAUUAUUGAUCACUUCC